AUGAUGCGGGGGAUGUGUUUUGGACUUGUUGUGUUUGCUGCAAUAGCUGUUUCGUUUGUUACGUCACACAGCUGGUCUGGAUGUACAUCUCAUAGCUAUUACAUCCGCGCCGAUUACGGCUAUAUAUACUCGUGUGAAAAUGGAUGGAAACAUAAUGGCAAUAGAUACUGCAUUAUACCUAUUUGUCGGCCAACAUGUAAGAAUGGUGGGACAUGUAAAUCUCCAAAUGUAUGUGAUUGCCCCAGUACGUCCACUGGUGGAUCAUGUCAGACACUCACCUGUUCCUAUCAACGACCCUGCUAUCCUGGGGACUGUGAAAACUAUUCAUGCAAAUGUGAGCCCUCGUUUUAUUCCACGAACCAAUACGACGGAUGCAUUAACAUAAACAGCACUGCGGAGGAGUUUCGCCCAGAAAUCGUCCAAAGUAACGUAACGCUGGCCCACAUAAGGCGCUCUGAUAAUCAAACACAGUACAUGUUCACUGUGGUCGGGAAAGAUGAAAAUAACUUCACGCUUGUGUGGAGCAAUCAAAAGCGUUUUAAUAAUCUGAGGUUUGAAUUUGAUACGUUGAUCGACAUUCCUGAACUCCCACAAAGGCCUAAUUAUGUCCAUGACGCUAAAAUUGGAAUUGUCGCAAGCAGUAUAGAGGCAUCUGUAAGCAAAAUACCGCGUGAUGGGGGCGUUAAUCGAUACAUUGCUUCUAACAAAACCUACAACUGUGAGACUGGUAUAAGCGAAGAUAAUCCUGCAGUAGAGAAGGACACUUGUGAAAUCAACGAUGAAAACUUUGCGACCUUGAUUGAACAUGGAGAUAUUCUUCUUCUUAAGUUCCGAUCGCGUAGCGGUGGUUUUCAAAAGCUAGUAAACAUCGACAACCAAGGCCAAUCGUAUGAAACCAAACAUUACAAUGGCCUUUAUGGCAAGGAAAACUUGGAGUUCCGUUUCGAUUUUGUUGCACCUGACACUGCGGAGGAGUUUCGCCCAGAAAUCGUCCAAAGUAACGUAACGCUGGCCCACAUAAGGCGCUCUGAUAAUCAAACACAGUACAUGUUCACUGUGGUCGGGAAAGAUGAAAAUAACUUCACGCUUGUGUGGAGCAAUCAAAAGCGUUUUAAUAAUCUGAGGUUUGAAUUUGAUACGUUGAUCGACAUUCCUGAACUCCCACAAAGGCCUAAUUAUGUCCAUGACGCUAAAAUUGGAAUUGUCGCAAGCAGUAUAGAGGCAUCUGUAAGCAAAAUACCGCGUGAUGGGGGCGUUAAUCGAUACAUUGCUUCUAACAAAACCUACAACUGUGAGACUGGUAUAAGCGAAGAUAAUCCUGCAGUAGAGAAGGACACUUGUGAAAUCAACGAUGAAAACUUUGCGACCUUGAUUGAACAUGGAGAUAUUCUUCUUCUUAAGUUCCGAUCGCGUAGCGGUGGUUUUCAAAAGCUAGUAAACAUCGACAACCAAGGCCAAUCGUAUGAAACCAAACAUUACAAUGGCCUUUAUGGCAAGGAAAACCAUACUUGUUCGUUUGUUCAAUUUUCAGCUAUUUGUCGGCCAACAUGUAAGAAUGGUGGGACAUGUAAAUCUCCAAAUGUAUGUGAUUGCCCCAGUACGUCCACUGGUGGAUCAUGUCAGACACUCACCUGUUCCUAUCAACGACCCUGCUAUCCUGGGGACUGUGAAAACUAUUCAUGCAAAUGUGAGCCCUCGUUUUAUUCCACGAACCAAUACGACGGAUGCAUUAACAUAAACAGCACUGCGGAGGAGUUUCGCCCAGAAAUCGUCCAAAGUAACGUAACGCUGGCCCACAUAAGGCGCUCUGAUAAUCAAACACAGUACAUGUUCACUGUGGUCGGGAAAGAUGAAAAUAACUUCACGCUUGUGUGGAGCAAUCAAAAGCGUUUUAAUAAUCUGAGGUUUGAAUUUGAUACGUUGAUCGACAUUCCUGAACUCCCACAAAGGCCUAAUUAUGUCCAUGACGCUAAAAUUGGAAUUGUCGCAAGCAGUAUAGAGGCAUCUGUAAGCAAAAUACCGCGUGAUGGGGGCGUUAAUCGAUACAUUGCUUCUAACAAAACCUACAACUGUGAGACUGGUAUAAGCGAAGAUAAUCCUGCAGUAGAGAAGGACACUUGUGAAAUCAACGAUGAAAACUUUGCGACCUUGAUUGAACAUGGAGAUAUUCUUCUUCUUAAGUUCCGAUCGCGUAGCGGUGGUUUUCAAAAGCUAGUAAACAUCGACAACCAAGGCCAAUCGUAUGAAACCAAACAUUACAAUGGCCUUUAUGGCAAGGAAAACUUGGAGUUCCGUUUCGAUUUUGUUGCACCUGAGCACUGCUCUUUAGCUUCCGGGUCAUGCCUUUCCAAGCCUCUGCACAUAGACAAUGAGUUUACCAGUAGCACCAUCAAAGCCCGUUGGUCGGGAUGGACAGAUUCGAUGUCUGGCAUAUGGCAGUACUAUAUGGAGGUGUUUAAAUUGGCACCCAAUAGAGACGAGAGGCUCGAAGAAGCCACGCCCAUUGACCCAGUUUUCAACAGAAUACUGAACUACACAGGCGGAGAAAUCUCUAUUUCAUACACACCCGCCGAACCUGGAAUGUACAGUGUGCUAUUGAAAGUUUCCGAUAUGGCUAACAAUUCUCGAACCGCCCGACGCUUUGUUCUUUACGAUGAUACAUCUGAGAUAUCUGUAAGUAACGAGUCGGACAAGAAACUGUACAUCUCCAGUGCUGUAGAGGAAACUGGAUACACUUGGCAAACACCUUCUGCCGAAGAAGAUAACAUGGUAACAGUGAACGUGAGAUGGGAUGGACACUUUGCAAACAAACUGCAUGAAGGAGGGAAAUUUCUGGCUGAAAUCGAGAAAUUCCCAGUUCAGUUCAAGGACAUAGAAGAUGAUGGAAUACUUAUGAGUUUGAAGUUUGUUGCCGAUGCUCUUGAUGACGAUGAGGGUGAACGUACACGUAAGGCCAUUCCCAAUUAUCAUGGCAUCAUAAGAUUUGAAGUCGCAUAUGAGCAAUCCGCAUCAGAGGAAGUGCCAACAACAGGAUGGUCAAACAUUACUCUUCAGGAAAGAAUAUCCACGAAAAGAAUCCUUGAAGAUGGCGACCGUUUGCGUGUAUGGAUCAGAGCAACUGACGUUAUGGGAAAAACAAAGUCGGAUUCGACGCUCGUGAGAAUUGACGGAUCUCCGCCGACCAUUUCAAGUGUAAACAGCUCGGGGCAUCGCAUUGCAUUAAAUGUAAAUGGUGGAGCAUACAAAUAUAGUUCUAGAGCAAACUUUUUGGCGUCUGAUCGGCAAAGUGGUGUGCACAAGAUUGAAAUAAGACUGACAGUGAAAUCGCCAGGAAAGAAUGACAUGGUCACAUAUAACAAUUUCACAGAAGCUAGAAGAGGGAAUGACAACUCAGAUCCACGGUGUAUCGGUUUCGAUCAGAAUGGGGUGUGCCUUCUGCCAACACAAAUUGUAGACAUUGACAACUGCUGGUUGACGGUCAGCAAGAAGGAUCUUGAAACGGCUUCGGGCGAACUAGAGAUCGUAGCUUACAAUCAAGCAAUGCUUACAGCAACCACUACAUUUGACGUGGGUCCGCUGACAAACCUUCUUGGUUUAGAAAAAUACAAUGGCCCAACGAACAUGAGGAUUGAAAACAAAUCACCAACUGGCUUUAGACUUGCAUGGGACCUGCCUGAAUCGGAGUCCUGUUACGGAGCUGCAGACAUCGUCAUUAUCCUUACAAACAGGGACUUAAAUGGCAAACCUGAAAUAAGAUCGUUUGUAACUCCAAGUACGUCUACCUACUUUGAUUUUCUCGGACUGAACCCUGAGGUUGAAUACAACUUAGGGCUACAGAUAAAGGCCGAAGGUGGAACGGCUCAAGCAUUUGGGCAAGACCUGUCCGUUGUUACUCCGAAAAAAGAAUCAGCUGGAGGGGUUUCUACUGGCGCUGUUGUAGGAAUUAUAAUUGGAAUAAUUGUGUUGUGCGCUUUGGUUGUUAUCGUUCUCUUCUUCCUCACACGUCGUGGAAUUAUCGACGUUCAACCACAACGCAGGAUGGGCGAGAUACGUCGAGCCGUUACGAAGCGUUUACGGCAAUCGAGAAUGUUUGCGCCUGAGACUACGAGGCUAUCCUAUGAAAACAAGACCUAUGAUGUAAGAUUCUUCACAUAUCUGAUUAUAAGAAAGUUUUCCACCAUAUCAGUUGCGUCUGAGAAGGGAAAAUACAUAACCAAAACAAAUAUGAAUACUACAAUAACACUAAUUUAUAUACAUCAUUUUCAGGAUGAGUUGUACUUAUACGGGGGAAUGGACUUCAACUCUUCCAAUAAAGGCUACAUAAGUAGGGACCAGAUUACAUUCGAGAUGCUCCUGAAGAGUGGUCACUUUGCGAACAUAUACCAAGCACGUUACAAUGGACAAAACGUUGUGGCGAAAACUCUUAAAGAGCUCUUUACAAAGGAUGACGAGCUACUUAUGAAGGCGAAGAUAAACUUCUCUUCCGACAGAGUUGGCGAUCAUCCAAACAUCAUCAAGUUCGUUGGAGCGGUCGUGGAUGAUGUAACGAUGGGUCCAAUGAUUAUCAACGAGUUUUGCGAAAACGGAACUUUGAGAGACUACCUUGAGAAUAACAAACAUAAAAUGACUGUUGAGAUGCAAGAAAAUCUCUUCCGCUUUGGUCUUGAUAUCGCUAAAGGCAUGGAAUUUCUAGCCACUAGAGGGGUGACACACCGACGUCUUGCUGCUCGGAACAUCCUCUUGAACUUUCUCAACGAGGUGAAAAUCGCGGGAUUCGGACCACAAACGUUUGCCGAGGAGGACGGAGGAGACUCUGAAUCUGGUAAAAAGGAACGUAUCCCAAUCAAAUGGAUGGCACCUGAGUGUAUGACAUCGACAAAGAAGGCUAACGAGAGAAGCGAUGUCUGGUCGUAUGCUGUUGUGAUUUGGGAAAUUUUCUCUCUGGGUGAAACACCGUACACGGGUAAAAGCCGCGAUCUUCCCCAGCGACUGAAGAGGGGCGAGCGUCUCGGUAAACCGGAACUUUGCGAUGAAACAUGGUAUAAGGUGAUGCAGCAUUGUUGGGAAUACGACCCCAAGAAACGACCCCGCUUUGAGGAAGUCCGCGAGCAACUGGACACACUCUUCGUCAUUUCUCCGGGAGACGACUUCUAUUACUACAAACGCUAAUUUCCUCGAAAUAUUUUCGUUGUACAUUUUGUGUAUUAUGUUGAAGAGUUAUGGACUUAUUCCAUCGGAUAUACCAUCUACUAUUAUAACCACUCCUCUUCACGCAAUGCAUUUAGAAGUUAGCGAACAGUUUGAAGAUUACACACUAUUUAAUCGUAGACACUUCUCCCAAAGACGAUUGAGCAGGUGUAUGUGCAUAAUGCUGGAAAGACGUUAAAGUGUUCGAAACCACUGAUGUAUUAAUUUAUUUUAAUGUGAAUGAGAUUGAAUAUUAAUGUUCAUUUUCCAAAUAGAACCCUUGCUAUGUUUCGAUGGCGAUGAAGGACAUGAGCCUUUCACAUGACAAUGGUUAAUCACGAUCGUUAUGUUUUAUCUAAUUUCAUAAUAUAUCAAUUUGUGCUUUACCAGUCAUAAAUCAUUUAUUUCUGUGUGAAAUUAAGGUGCAUUUG